GAAGGAGGAGCACAUCACUCGAAGACUCCGUAAUGCUGCGUUGCUGCGUUUGUCUGUGGCUGGUAAGAAAACGAGUGUUCGGUGAAGAAUACAUGUGUUUUUAAUGUUUGGAAACGAACGGAUGAAUAUUCCAGGAUUCUCCCGCUUUACGGUCGUCCAACGGUCUGUGAGCCGGAGGAGAGAACGUGUCCCUGGUCACUUGACCAUAACAAGAAGUCACGAGUAGCACAGCCUAGUCAGGGUUAACUAGUCUGAAAAAGAAGUCAACAGACAGGGGGCGUAGUCCAGGAACAGGAAGAUGGAAUUGUUACCGAAGCUCCGACGAGGCGGUGUCAGCGGAACCUGCAGGUGGAGGCGGUUGAUGUGAUUAAAGGAGCAAAGGCUCAAGAACCGACGUAGACUCGACUCCUCAGUAACCUUCUGGUUCUGACGACGAUGUCUGAGGUGUAGCUAGAGGAGGAUGAUCUGCUGUGGCGCCCCCUGAAGGGAGCAGCUGAGAGAAGCUACACCGUGAAAAUGACGAGACCCCGGCGGCUGAGAGGGUGUCUGCUGUUGGUCUUGGAGUUCCCAGGAGCCCCUGCUGAGAAGGUCAUGAAGCUGCGGUUCCAGCGGACGAUGCACAGGGGUGUGUUUGCUGUGAUCCUGGUCCUAGUCGUGGUGGGCAUGAUGAUGCUCGUCCCUCGGUCGCCAAGUAACGGUCAGCUGAUCCGACCGUUGGAGUUGAACGUCAGCCUGUCACACAAGAAGCUGGUACACCAGCACGUGCUCCAAGUGCUGCAGGGCCAGUGUCGCCGUGGCAACACCAGGAAAGCCCUCCUGGCUCGACUUCCCGCCUCCAGCCGGGACACGCAGCCCUUCCUGUGGAGCGACGUGGGCGUCCCCGAGGAGCUGUUCCUCCAUCAGCUGCCCUUUGGGUUCCAGGGUGUCCGCUCCCAGAUCGAGGAACUGCAGAAACUGCUGCCAGAGUUCAAACCUCAGGUAGAAAACAGGUCAAACAGAUGUCAGCGCUGUGUGGUCAUAGGAAAUGGAGGCAUCCUCAGAGGCCUGGAGUUGGGCCCCCUGUUGGACCGCUUUGACACUGUCAUCAGGUUAAACAGUGCUCCUCUGGGAAAGUUCAGUGUUGACGUGGGGAAACGAACCAGCAUUAGGAUGAGUUACCCAGAGAGUACACUGCACCACUGGUCGGACACAGACCCACACACCCUGCUGGUCACCGUGGCUUAUAAAUGGGUGGACAUGAGCUGGAUGGCUGCCAUGGUGUGUUCUGUGUUGCAGUCUUUGUUGGACCGACUCUUCUACUGGCAGAAGGUUCCUGAUCAGGUUCCUUUGGAGCCGGAGAACUUCAGACUUUUAAACCCCACUGUCAUCAGAGAAGCUGCGUUAGACCUGCUGAAAUACCCCACCCCCAGGUGGCGCUUGUGGGGCUGGGACACGAACAUUCCCACCCUGGGGGUGACGGCUCUGAACUUGGCCAGUCUGCUGUGUGACGAGGUCAGCCUGGCGGGCUUUGGCUACACCAUGUCACGUGUGGCGGCGCCGCUGCACUACUACGACGACCUGCCGAUGAACGCCAUCCUGCAGCAGAAGAUGCACAACGUGGACAGAGAGACUGAGCUGCUGCGGAGCCUGGUGAAGGAGGGAGGUGUCAGUGACCUGACAGGAGGGAUUCACUGCUCCUUCUGCUCCAGCUGAGGGAGGACACACUACUACUAGUACUACUAGUACUACUAGUACUACUAGUACUACGGAGUACACUGGAUAUUUUGCAGUAUUACAGAACAUAUUUAUUGUACAUGUGUCUGUGUGUGAAGAGGAGGAGGAGGAGGAGGAGGUGACAACAACUGAACUAUACUGAAAAAAACACAAUCAGAACAUUCAAAGUCCUGUUUGUAGGACACCAUGGUGUUCUUAGAGUUGUGUGGUCGGGUCAGUUCUCCUGACCCCUGUGGUCCAGUGGACACCAAGACCAAAGUCUGACAUUAAAAACGAUGGACGAUUCUAUAACAAAGUGUUUCAAAGCCCGGUGUCUGAGUUGAAGCAGUAGAACAGACGUGUUGUUUCUCGGGCUGUCAAGACAGUCGAGCCGCAGACCUAUGUCUCCCCCUAGCGGUAAAUGUAUACAUUUAGCCGAGUAUCGUAACACGGAAGUGUCGAUGUCACCAACUUAAGCGUAAACGUACAACAAAACCUGAAUAAAGUAAAACAAUGGAACUAAAUGAAUAAUAAAGUGACGGAAUCAAACUUUA